AAACAAUCGAGCAAAGAGUAGUGGACGAGACUAACGCGGCUAUCAAAAACGCAGGCGACACGCGUAAACAGAUUCUAGAUUCAAUUAAGGCUCAACAUUUAAUGUGGACUAGUAGAGUAGUAUGUAAAGAACUCCCAAUCCAUACGUUUUGCAGAUUCUUCAUCUUCGCAGACGAGAACGUAGGCACUUUCGGCCUGCCGAUUAAGGGUUGAAGUAUUUCACUUUUCCACGCUUUUCUCCCUUAUUAAGUCGAUUGCUCUUUAAAAAUGAAAUGCUUCAACCUUAGUUCCCUUCUUGAUCUCACCUGGGACUAUUUUCGUGACUGCGUAGAAGCUGCUUUCUUGGAUUCCGAUAGAAAUUCUGAGAGAUUGAUGUAGCUGUGCGCUAAUUUGAGUAAUCCUCUAGCUAUCGGCGGGCUACAAGCAAACGUCGCGGCGUUCACAAAAGGCAUCACGUACACGAGGAAGGGAGACCUUCUCAAGGCCAUCCAAGAAAUGUGCACAGAUAAAGCAGAUGCUGCGCAUGAGCAGGGAAAGCAGCUGAAGGA